UCGAACUCUUCUUCACAAACGUAAAACCCACUGCACCACCUCCACAUAGACACCUACACGCACCGUUCGUCGCUUUCCGCUCCGCCAGUUACUCCGGCACACCCUCACGCCCCUCUCCUCACAGGUUUGGGCCCCACCGUUGGACCCCACUUCACCCUUCUUAGGCAAUUAUGAGAGAAAUCGUGACAAUUCAAGUAGGAGGUUUUGCCAAUUUUAUUGGCUCUCAUUUCUGGAACUUCCAGGAUGAAUUACUUGGGUUGGCUUCGGAUCCUGAAGGGGAUUCAGUCUUCAAGAAUCAGUGUCUGAAUAUGGACGUGCUUUACCGCUCCGGAGAGACACAUCAGGGGGUUCUUACGUAUUCUCCCCGCCUAGUUUCAGUUGACUUUCAAGGAUCCCUUGGAUCAAUCAGUUCACGUGGUACAUUGUACAAUGAGGCUUCCUCUGUGCCAUCAGAUGUUGUGACAUGGAAAGGUAGUGUUUCCACUCAAGCAUCUGAGCCUCAUAAGAAGAAUUUGUUCUUACAAAGUUUGUACGAGGAAGAGCAGGAAAACCUCACACAUAAGAGGAAUGGUUUUCAAAGAGAAAUUGAGGAUAAGGAUAUAGUUGAAUGCUUAGAUAAUGGUGUACAAUUUUGGACUGACUUCUCAAAAGUCCACUAUCAUCCUCAGAGUCUCUAUGAAUUAAGUGGAUUAUGGAUGGAUGUUCAGGAAUUUGACAAUUAUGGAAUUGGAAGGGAUGCUUUCUCUGGAAGUUUUCAAGGAGAGGACAUAUGUGAGAGGCUUCGCUUUUUUGUAGAAGAGUGUGACCAUAUUCAGGGUUUUCAAUUUAUUGUUGAUGACUCUGGAGGUUUUUCAGCAGUAGCUGCAGACUUUUUGGAGAAUAUUGCUGAUGAGUACACUAACACUCCAGUGUUGCUUUAUGCUGCCCGCAGUCCCACUUCUUAUAUGAACCUGAGAAGCAGGAAGCAGACAGUCUUCAGGCACCUUCAUGAUUCGGUUUCAUUUUCAAGAUUAGCACCCUACUGUAAAUUGAUUGUGCCAGUUGGUUUACCCUCCUUGAGUACAAGUAAAGCUUCAACAUUCCUCCGCAUUGAAGAUGAGAAAGCUUACCACUGUAGUGCAGUUUAUGCUGCGGCUGUACACUCUGCCAGUCUUCCUUUCCGGAUGGAGCCAGUUGGGCCAACUGCAGAUUCAUUUGCUGUCUCUGGUGCUGUGGAUGUUAAUGGUUUUGUACAAAUGUUAGCCGGGCAAGCUAGGCAGAAUAUGGUGUCUAUUCUGGAUGUUGCAAUGCCAGCACCACCAUUGACUGGGAAACAGGGUGAGCAAUCUUUGCUUGGGAGUUUGCAGCCUUUGACACCAGAAGUAGCAGACAAUGUGGAGGACUUUCAGGCUGUGGAAUCCAUGAUUGUUCAUGGAGCACUUGGGUCAGGUGGCCAUCAUGCUUCAGUUUUUGCAGUGAAGGAUUCGGUUAAUGCUGUUUAUGAACAUGCAACAAGUAGACCGAUGUUUUGUCAUCUAUCAGUUGCUCGUUGUCCGCUUCCCAUACCCUUGCCAUUUCCUUCAAUUUUCGGGAAUCUUGUUGGUCAACAUGGUGAGCUCUUGGACAGCCCAAUUUCAGGUUCUAAAUUGAGAGGAUCACUCGAUGUUCAUUCUAUCCCAAUGGCUGCUAGAUUGCGUUCAAGCAACGCCAUUUUGCCAUUUCUUCAAAAUAGACUGGGGAAUCUACGAAAAUUUGGAAUAGAGCGUGGAGCUCUCGGGGCUGAGCUACUUAGAAGUUGGAGAUUCGAGAAAGAUGAAAUUGACGACAUGGGAGAGACACUGUCAAAAAUGGUUACGGCAUUGGUUCCCAAUGAUGAAUUGUCCUCCGACUCAGAUUAAGAGCCAACAUCAAGAUGCCAAACCUUCUUGUCAAUGUCAGUCCUCAGAAAUGAUCAGCUUAUUAUCCUUGCAACAACUCCAUAUAGAUUGAAUGAACGUUUGCACCAGAUCACGAAUCUCUCUCUGGUUCGAUAAAACCUUUUCAUGUCUCUCUUACCUUCGGAGACGCUUUUGCUUCAUAGAAACUGUAUAUUAAACGUAUUCCUUUUUCUUCAUAACUUGUUUGGCUUCCAAAACACUGUAAUGCUGAUGAUUUUUCUCGUUAAUUAUUUGAUCUUUUGUUACAAUUCCAAUAAUUUUCGAAAG